AGUAGUACUUGCCCAAAUUCAGCGCACACGGUUUAUCUGUCCUUUUGUUUCGCACGUUUACCUCAUGUGGAGUCAUUGAAGUUAGCUUAGCUUGCCGGUAGCAAACGAAUAGAGAACAACGUACGGCGAGUUAAAAUGUGUCGUCCAAAAGUCACAAUGCUGAGGGAGUUAAUGAAGCAGCAACUAAACGUUGCUGUGGAGGGAAUCUUACAACUUUUUGAGAGAACCAUAUUAGAGUAUGAGGAGGAACUUCAACGAACAAAACAGGAGAAAGCGCGACAAGACGAACUGUUCCACGCCGUCGUAAGGGACUUGCAGGAGGUGUUGCCGGAGAGUCCAGAAGCUGGUCGAUCUGAGCCGCAGCAGUACCACAAGGAAGAGUGCCUCCAGACCCAAAGCCUGAUAAAAACAGAAGAAAAGAACAUUCAGAGCUGUCAGGAUGGGGAUCAGCUUCCAUUGCACAAGAUGAAGGAGGCUGGCAUUAACACAUUCCCUUUGACUGAUUUCAAAUGUGAUCAGGACCAAGGUGAAGCCUCCCAGUUUCACUACAGUCAAAGUGUGGAGACGCGAAGUCACGGUAAAGCUAAUGGCCAAAGUGUGGAGAAGCUAAGUCAAGGUGAAGCUAAUGGCAAGCAUUGCAAAAAAUCUAACAAGGAACACAAAGUGUCUUCCAAGCCCGAUGCCGCCAAAGUGACUCUGGCAAACUCCGAAGGCGCCGUGCCACAUCCGUCAAACAGCGAACCCUUCUCUCGGCGCCGCACAGCGAGAAGGAGAAACCAGCAACAACACUCAAGGCCGCACACUAGUCCCACAGGCUCACAGCAGUUCAGCUGUCCCAUGUGCACGAAAACCUUCCUCAGGAAGCCUGACCUGAACAAUCAUGUUCAGAUGCACGCGGGUGUCAGGCCUUAUGUAUGCACCGUGUGCGGUUUUGCCUUUCUCCGCAGCUACCACCUGAAGCGGCACAUGGGCACACACAAAAGCCACAAGAGUGUCCCCGGUCAAAAUGAUUCAAUCUCUUGUUUGUUUUGCGCCAAAGGGUUUUUGGUAAAAGGCAAUCUGGAGAGACACAUGAGAACGCACACAGGUGACAAGCCCUUCAGCUGUGAUGCGUGUGGCAAACGCUUCACUCGUAAGGACAAGCUCAAGUCUCACAUUGUGCAUUGUAAACGAGAUAAAUAA